GUAUUUCCGCUUGUGUGUUUCUGCCUGUUAGUUCCUGCCUGGUUUCUGUCCUACCUGUGUUCUGCUCUGUGUGCUUUUUUGAAUUUUGAGUUUUCUUUUUUGUGUUUUUUGGUAGUGCCCUGCGUGGCCUUUUGGUUUCCUGUUUUUUUGUCCCCUGUCAUGUAAGUAAAGUCUUUGUUAAUUUUCCCUUUUUGAGUUUGUGUUUUUUUCCCCUCUGCGUUUGGGUCCCCCCAACCCGUUACGUGACAGAAGGUACCAGCCAGCGCUGGACCCAGCAGAGUUUUUUUUUUUUUUUUUUGUGUGUGUUUGUGUUUUUUGUUUAUCAUGCCGGGGUGGUGGGAGCUCGACCCAGUUUUCGCCCUUGAGCCUCCCAGUGCCCGGGGCGGGCGGUCACGGAGGCGCCGUGGUCGGGCUGCCUCCCGGUCGGCCAGACCUCCAGCUGAUCAGCCAGCGGAUCCUGACCCUUUUGAAGGGUCUCGGCUGGUCAUUUUUCCAGGGUCCGGCCCGCGGGGGUGCCGCCGGUCCCGUCCGGCUGCCCAGCCGGGUUCCCUAUGGCUGGGGUCCAUGUUCCUGUCUCCUGCUCAGGGGUCCGCCUGCUCCGCCCGUUGUUCCGCAGGUGCCACUACCGCCUGCUCCACCCACUGUUCGUGCUUCGCCCACGCCUCGAGCCCCGGAGAGGCCUCCAGAGCCGCCUCGAGCCCCGGAGAGGCCUCCAGAGCUGCCUCGAGCCCCGGAGAGGCCUCCAGAGCCGCCUCGAGCCCCAGAGAGGCCUCCAGAGCCGCCUCAAUCCCCGGGGAGGCCUCCAGAGCCGCCUCGAGCCCCGGAGAGGCCUCCAGAGUCGCCUCGAGCCCCGGAGGGGCCGCCUGCACUGACCCUUGUUCCGCGGGGGCCGCCUGCUCUGACCCUCGUUCCGCAGGGGCCACUGCCGCCUGCUACACCCAAAUUUCGUGCUUCGCUUGCGCCUCGAGCCCCGGGAGGGCCUCCAGAGCCGCCUCGAGCCCCGGGGGGGCCUCCGCAGCCGCCUCGAGUCCCGGGGGGUCCUCCGGAGCCGUCCAGAGCCCCGGAGAGGCCUCCGGAGCCGUCCAUAGCCCCGGAGAGGCCUCCAGAGCCGUCCAGAGCCCCGGAGAGUCCGCCUGCUCCGUCUGUUGUCCCGCAGGGGCCGCCAUGGCCUGCUCUGGCCGCUGUUCCGCUGGAGAAGCCACCUGCCUUUCCCCCUAG